CUUUGUUCGAGGAGAGAGAGCUUAUCUUACCAGAAUCGAGCUGAAGUGAGUGGUGGUCUGUAAACUCGAGCUGUGAGAGUGCUGAGACUGUUUGGUUGAUAUCUAGAGUUAUACCAAUCCAAUUAAGGCGUGUGAGAUACCCAAAGAAAGCUCUCAAGACGAGGAAUCUGUGAAGGUCUGGUUUGCAUCAAUCGGAGCAGUGGAAGGCUUCCAAAUCGUCCGAGCAAAACACAACCUCGCAGAGACGGAUCUACUCUUCUAAAGAAUCGAGUUAGCCGGAAAACACCCGUUCUAGGGGCUGUUUUCGUAUCAACGAUUCGGAUUUGAAAUAGCAACUUGAGGAGGCUGUUUAGCACCCAUUUUCAAGUAAGGAACUAGUUCCCAAUCUUCCUUAGCCGAGGCUUUGGUCAUUGGAUCGAGAAGGAAAGUUUUAAAGCUCAUUUGAGGUGAGGAUCGACAUCUAGUUGCUUACAACUUGUAGGUUAAGCAUGAGAUUACCUAAAUGCCUAAAUAAUGUUUUCCAUGGAUUAUGAUGAUAAAUUAUUGAUGGAAUAUUGAUCUAUUUUCCAAAGAAUGAAAUGGGAAAUGAUUUGGUAAAGUAUAGACAAAAAUGGAGUUAAAUGAACUAUUGUGUGAAAUAGGUAUUUUACUCAUGUGUGAAUUGUGUAGAUACAUAAAUGAUUAUUUAUGUAUUACAUUGAAUGAUUAAGUUGCUGCUACAUAUCUCUAAAUAUGUAGGGUUUUACAAAUGGAAUAUAUGAUGGAUAAGAAUAAUCUUAAUAGUAUUGAAAUACUAGUUAAUGAUUGUUGUAAUUGUUAAGGGAAUUGAAUCUAAGGAUUUGAUUAUAUUUGAUGUACUUGAUUGUGACGCAAGUGACAAAUUUGAUGUAAUGUGAUGCUAAGACCAUGGUUGGGCAGUCCGUAGGGAUGUCCCAAAAUAGAUUAUUGAUAUUACAAUUCUAGGCAUAGUGAGUGCUUAGGAAUUGGGGUCUAUGCCAAUGUAAGGAGAUGUACUUGAGCCCGUGCUCAUAGAAUUGCAUUGGGUAGACAUGAUGAGGUGAUUGUUGUGCAUGGUGAUGUAGUCGAGUUGGACUCGAGAAAUGCACGGUGGAGUAGUUAGCUUAUGUUAAUUAAGGUGCAUGGUGAUGUAGUCGAGUUGGACUCGAGAAAUGCACGGUGGAGUAGUUAGCUUAUGUUAAUUAAGGUGCAUGGUGAUGUAGUCGAGUUGGACUCGAGAAUGCAAACAUACGCGUUAGGGUUGAACCCUAUGUAUUGUUGUGACUAGGGGUCACGGGAUUUUGGGAUAUGUUUGAUAAACAAACCUUGGGCCUACGGGCCGACUACUUGACUUUAUAUAUAAAGUAAGUAUAUUUUUAAAAAGGGGUAACUUGGGGUUACGGCCUAGAUUAUACUAUCACCCUAUUUGAGGGUCUUGUGUUUGAAAUACUUGUUGUAUAUCUAUUAGAUGCCAUCCACACCAGCACUUUAUAGCCGUAUAGAGUGCUGACCCCUUCGGGGGCGUCCCACCACCAUUUUUCAGGUUGAGGUUAGAGCUUGCUUCCUGUGCCCGUUGCUCGAGGGAUCAUCUAGGAGGGAAGACUUGGUUCGUGCUUCCUCCAUUCAGUUUUAAACAAUUAUAAACAUGCUCAUGGAUAUUUUACUAUAGAGCCUGCGUGCUCAUGUUAGCCACGUGUGGCAUUUGUUUUCAAACUAUGUUUUCCGCUAUGUAUUCGAUUACUUAUUAUGUUUGUUUAUGGAUGGCUUACGUGUGAAUGAUAUUCGGGACGCCUUGUAUAAUAUGAAUGUGUUGGACUGCGGUUGACUAUUCGUAUUGUACGGCGGGUUGUUGACGUGUCCGGGGAGGUCCGGGGCGUGACAAUUAAGUUGGUAUCAGAGCCUUAGUCCAUAAACUUCAUAAUGAAGUCUCAAAAUUCUCUUUUUGAAAAGAUUUUGAAAACCAUGAGCAUAGAAGUUUUGUACUUGGAGAGCUUUUGGUACUUGGGUUGCAAGGUCUCUAAUUGUUAAGAUGGUACCCUUAGCAAUUGGUAUGGCGGCGACUCGAGCCAAAAUGUGUCUUAAGUACCUAUCCGUCAAUUGACAUUUGAUACGAGUCUAAUGACUCUUUCCAAACUUCUUUCAGAAAUGGACCGUGGUGGCAGGAUUACUAGGAGAAACCCGACCGGCCGUGUACCAGUGGAGACUGGACAGGGCAGUCGAAGGACCUCUAGGGCAUCUAGAGGAGCUGGCCAUGGAGGCCGGUCACAGACCGUGAGUGACGGUCAUGUUGACACAGAAAGUGAAACCUACUUGUCCUAUGAGGACUCGACUUACCAACCGGAAAUCGAGCCGGUUGAGACCCCUUACGAAGGGGAUGACGAUGAUGUAAGUGAUGAAGAGGGGGAGAAUGACUCCCUAGCAAGAAUUGAGGCGCUGCUCCAACAAUAUCAACGGGAGCGCGAGGAAAGGAGGGAACGCCGAAGGCGCCGGGGAGGGCGAAUUUCGGGUGAGGCUUCAAGAGGAAGAAGCCAUGGCGAUUCUCGGGCCCACGUUGAACCACAUGGGGGCCGGGGUGAUGGAGGUCCAAUCAUAAGGAUCUCCAAGUACAUCAAAGAGGCACGAGAUUUGGGGUGCAAACCCUUCAACGGAGCAGGCGACAUCUCGGUCGCCGCGGAAUGGAUCAAGAGGUUGAACGAAGCAGCCCUUGAUAUGCAACUCACCCCCGAAUUUAAACUAAGGGUUGCAGUGAGAUUGCUUGAAGGUAUGGCAUCCACAUGGUGGGACGGAGUCAAGGGAAAGUAUGUCAAUACUGUGACUUGGGAGAAUUUCCGACAGGAGUUCUUUGCCCAAUACUAUUCUGAUUUUGAGGUGAACGCUAAGAGGAGAGAGUAUACCCUCCUGACCCAAGGAGGCAAAAUGACGGUGAGGCAACUUGAACACAAGUUCAGGGAGCUCGCGGAAUUCAUACCGGAGUAUGUGUGUGACGAGAACCGGAUGGUAAAUCACUUCUGGGAUGCCUUAGACCUGGAGGUGCGUGAGAGGGCAACACAGUUGCCUAACAUGACCUUUAGCCAAGUGGUCGAGCAAGGGUUAAAAGGAGAGAAAGAAUGGGAAGAGAGGAAGUUGAAAAAUGCCGAAGAGGCGAAGAAGAGAAAGUGGGAGAACCUUGGACCUCAAGGUCCUAGCAAAAAGGGGAACCAUGGGGGAGGGGGAUCUUUUCGGACACCCCCACCGCCAUCUAGGGGAAGUCAAGGCCCGGGCAGGCAAUCACAAGCCUCGGGGGUGACUCGUUGCAAGAAUUGCAAGAGGAACCACCCGGGGAAAUGCCGUGACCCUCCUAGAUGCUACCAAUGCGGGAGCACCGGACACAUGAAGAUGAGUUGCCCACAACUGGGCGGGACAAGGGCAUCAGGGCCAAGUAGUGGUAAUACCGGGACAUGGAAUCAAGCCGGGACUUCACAAGCGUCCAGGGGGCAAGGGGGAGCAAGCGCAAGCAACGCGCCGUCCGUGAAUCAAGGAAGGACUCAAGCGAGAGUGUACGCAAUGACCGAGGCAGAUGCUCGGGCUAAUCCCGACUCCGUCGCAGGUAAUACACUUAUUUUGGGCAUUUUUAGGCUUACUUUGAUCAUGUACGUCGUUAGGAUUGGGUGCGGGCCACCCCGGGGCCAAACCGGGUGAGUUAGGACGAAUCAGGCUGGAAACGGCCACUGCCGGCCAGGCACGCCCUCAGGCACGCCGUGCGUGGCACCGUGCCUGGGAGGCAGUGGCCUCGCGGAGGGAUUCCGGCCAGGCACGGUCGCAGGCACGCCGUGCGUGGCACCGUGCCUGGAAGGCAGUGGCCUCUCCGAGGAAAUCUGGCCAGGCACGGUUGCAGGCACGCCGUGCGUGGCACCGUGCCUGGGAGGCAGUGGCGAGCAUGGGGACUCCUAUGCACGCACGGCCGUGCGUGCUACCCAGGCACGCCGUGCGUGAACCCCCGGCAACCGAAAAACUUAAUUUUUCGCUCCGUUCUUCUACGUUUGGACCCCCGUUUGAUUCCAAACAUUAAUAUGAACCUAAUAACCUCCUAAUGAUGUGUAAAAACAUUAGAAAAGGUAUCUCACAUGGUGUAUACAUGUAAGAACAUUAAAGAUCAAUGGUAGGUGCGCGAGGAUCCUUAUCGAUACCGGAGCGCAACGUUCAUUCGUAAGUAAGGCGUUCGCCGGGGGCUUAGAGAUACAAUCAAUAUCAAUGACGCAAACCUUAGUGGUAUCAACACCACUAGGGGAAGACGUUGAAAGAACCAAGUACUAUCCAUCUUGUGUGGUGGAAAUCGGUGGCCAAACCUUGACGUGUGAUUUCGUACCGCUGAGUAUGAUGGAGUUCGAUGCAAUCCUAGGGAUGGAUUGGCUAGAAAAGCAUCAUGCUAGGGUAGAUUGCUACACAAAGGUCUUGGAACUCGAAGGCAACGAUGGGGAUACCCUACGCUUCGAGGGGGACCGAGGCAAAUCAAACAGCUGUAUCAUAUCCGCUGUGAGGGCGAGAAGUAUGAUGAGAAAGGGAUGCCACGCUUAUCUAGCAUACGUGGUUGACAAGACCAAGGAGGAAUCGAACAUCGACGAUGUGAGGGUGGUUGGUAAGUACCCGGAUGUCUUCCCAAAGGACCUGCCGGGGCUUCCACCUGAUAGGGAGAUUGAAUUUGUGAUCGAGGUCGAGUCCGGCACCAAACCAAUCUCCAUACCGCCAUAUCGUAUGGCACCCGCUGAACUUAACGAGUUGAAAACCCAUUUGCAAGAGCUUUUGGAUAAUGGUUUCAUUAGACCAAGCCACUCCCCGUGGAAAGCACCGGUUCUUUUUGUGAAAAAGAAAGAUGGGACACUUCGAAUGUGCAUUGACUAUCGUCAACUGAACAAGGUCACAAUCAAGAAUAGGUAUCCUUUGCCUAGGAUUGAUGACUUGUUUGAUCAACUACGAGGAGCAACCAUGUUUUCAAAGAUUGACUUGAGGUCGGGGUACCAUCAAUUGAAGAUUAAGGAAGAUGACAUACCAAAGAGUGCUUUCCGCACAAGGUAUGGGCAUUUUGAGUUCCUUGUUAUGUCGUUUGGGUUAACAAACGCCCCAGCGGCAUUCAUGGACUUGGUGAACCGAGUAUUCCAUAAAUACUUGGAUCGAUUCGUGAUUGUGUUCAUAGAUGACAUCUUGACUUACUCAAAGAGUGAAGAAGAGCAUGAAGAGCACUUGAUACUCGUUCUUGAGACACUACGGGAGAAGCAACUCUAUGUCAAAUUUUCCAAGUGUGAAUUUUGGCUAAAGGAGAUUGGCUUUCUCGGGCACGUGGUUUCAGGAUCGGGAAUUGCUGUUGAUAACAAGAAGAUAGAGGCCAUUACUGAAUGGGAGCGGCCGGAGAACGUCAAGGGAAUUCGUAGUUUCCUUGGAUUGGCAGGCUACUACAGAAAGUUCAUGGAGAAGUUCUCUGUUUUGGCAUCACCAUUGACGAAGCUCACUCGUAAAGGAGCUAAGUUUGUAUGGGAUGAUAAAUGUGAGAAAGGGUUCAUGGAACAAAAAAAAAAAGAUUGACCGAGGCACCGGUACUUGCAUUACCCAAACAGGGUGUGGGGUACGAUGUCUAUAGCGAUGCGAGCAUCCAAGGGUUUGGGUGUGUGUUGAUGCAGGAGGGGAGAGUAAUUGCCUAUGCUUCAUGACAGUUGAAGAAGCAUGAGGUAAAUUACCCUACCCAUGACCUGGAGCUGGGAGCAGUAGUGUUUGCACUAAAGAUUUGGAGACAUUAUCUCUACGGAGAGACAUGUCACAUAUAUACUGAUCAUAAGAGCUUGAAGUACGUGUUUACUCAGAAAGAGUUAAACAUGAGACAGAGACGGUGGAUGGAGUUGAUAAAGGACUACCAUCUAGUUAUUAAGUACCAUCCAGGCAAGGCAAACGUUGUAGCAAAUGCCCUGAGUCGGAAGAGUUCGUCUGGAGCAUUGUUGACUAGUUUGAGGGCACCGAGGGCCCAAUUGGAUGUAUCUAGCGGCGGUGCCUUAUUGGCACGAUUUGCAGUGAGACCGACCUUACCUGAUGAGAUCAAGAAGGGUCAAGUGACUGACGCAGAACUUAUGAAGGUCCGGGAACACAUGCAAGCGGGACCGGUGGAGGAUUUCAGGGAAAGAGAUGAUGAUCUCUUGUUAUUUCGUGACCGAGUGUGUGUACCGUCAGACGAUGAGCUCCGAAAGUCCAUCUUAGAGGAGGCCCGUUCAUCGGCUUAUGCCAUGCACCCGGGGGGCACGAAAAUGUACCGUGAUUUGAAAGGAAGUUACUGGUGGUCUGGAAUGAAGAGGGAAAUAGCCGAGUACAUCAGUCGAUGCCUUACUUGUCAGCAAGUUAAGGCAGAACAUCAGCAAGAAAGGUGAAGAAACAGAGGAGUAAAGAAGUCCCAAUGGUUAAAGUACCUUGGAAGAGCGACCGGGUCGAAGAAGAGACAUGGGAAACAGAGGCUUUGAUGAGGAAGCAGUAUGCUUUCCUAUUCAAGUAGAGCUGUGAAUUUCGGGGACGAAAUUCCUGUUAAGGGGGGGUGAACUUGUGACACUGCACCCGAACGUCCUUGAAAAAAAUUCAAGUUAAAAAUUCAAAGUUUACGUAUUGAAUUUCUGAUUCCCAAACAAUUGUAAAUGAUUGAUGAUUUUACGUAAUUAAUGAUCGAUUAUUAUACCGUCCGAACUCGCAUAUUAGUGUCGGGCUUGUGAAUACUCAUUUGGGCCUUAUUAAUAAAUAAAAGAGCCUAACAUUAUCUAAGUAGCGAUACAUAACGUUUCAGGACAAGUUGAAGAAGGGCGGGCAGCCCAGAUAUUAUUUUGGGCCCAACCCGCUAAAAUAGCAAGUAUUCGAGGACGGCGUCGUAGGCCCACUCGGGGGCGACCCACACGGCUAGUAGCCCGAUAAUAUGGAUAACAAAUGUCAAAAUAAGUGAUAGGAUGAUUUGAGAUGAAUACAAAUGCCUAUGAUCCCAUCUUUGACAUUAUUGAGCUAAAUAAUGGGAAUAUGAUUGUCCUUCUAUAAUGUCCAUCAUGUAAAUAAUUGGGAUGAGCCUACACAUAUUGGAGAUCAAUAAUGUGAUUUAGGAAGUUGACUUGUUCUAAAUAAAUUAGGAUGAGUACAAAAAGACAUCUUUUGACAAAGAUAAAACAAUAGGACCCAUUUUCCCCAUUUUUGGAAGUAUUGGUAGGUAGUUUGGAUCCCAAAAUGAUUGGGAUCAAUUGGGAACCACUCCACAUGAUAUUAGUACCUGCAAGACAAAUAAAAAUGGGUUAGGAAACUUACCUUGGCCGACCACCAUGGAGAGGAGCUGCACAAGACUUGAUAGGAAUCAAAUGUUGGGCCACCAUCCCUAUUUUCGCACAAAAUUGUGUGCUGGUUGUCUCCACUCAUUAUGGGAGUUGUACUCGACCAAAUGAGGUGUAUAAGGUGUCCUUGGAUAGCCUUUGAAGUCUAGUAUCUCAAUUGAGUGGUCUUUGUUCGAGGAGAGAGAGCUUAUCUUACCAGAAUCGAGCUGAAGUGAGUGGUGGUCUGUAAACUCGAGCUGUGAGAGUUCUGAGACUGUUUGGUUGAUAUCUAGAGUUAUACGAAUCCAAUUAAGGCGUGUGAGAUACCCAAAGAAAGCUCUCAAGACGAGGAAUCUGUGAAGGUCUGGUUUGCAUCAAUCGGAGCAGUGGAAGGCUUCCAAAUCGUCCGAGCAAAACACAACCUCGCAGAGACGGAUCUACUCUUCUAAAGAAUCGAGUUAGCCGGAAAACACCCGUUCUAGGGGCUGUUUUCGUAUCAACGAUUCGGAUUUGAAAUAGCAACUUGAGGAGGCUGUUUAGCACCCAUUUUCAAGUAAGGAACUAGUUCCCAAUCUUCCUUAGCCGAGGCUUUGGUCAUUGGAUCGAGAAGGAAAGUUUUAAAGCUCAUUUGAGGUUGAGGUUAGAGCUUGCUUCCUGUGCCCGUUGCUCGAGGGAUCAUCUAGGAGGGAAGACUUGGUUCGUGCUUCCUCCAUUCAGUUUUAAACAAUUAUAAACAUGCUCAUGGAUAUUUUACUAUAGAGCCUGCGUGCUCAUGUUAGCCACGUGUGGCAUUUGUUUUCAAACUAUGUUUUCCGCUAUGUAUUCGAUUACUUAUUAUGUUUGUUUAUGGAUGGCUUACGUGUGAAUGAUAUUCGGGACGCCUUGUAUAAUAUGAAUGUGUUGGACUGCGGUUG